AUGUUGUAUGAGGAGUCUGCUGCCUUCAGCAGUGAUCAGAAUGACAUUGGUUGCAUACCCAGCUUGCAGAUGCCAAUCACACUUAAAGACAACAUCCCGGUUCAGAGGGCGUACUCAUCAGUGCCAAAACCCUUGUUUAACGAGGUGAAAAGCUACAUACAAGAUCUCUUAGCAAAAGGAUGGAUCAUCAAAUCAAAGUCACCAUACACCGCUCCAGUAGUCUGUGUCCGCAAAAAGGAUGGCAAACUGAGGCUCUGUGUUGAUUACCGUCUCCUGAACAGGAAAACCAUCCCUGACCAUCACCCAUUGCCUAGGAUACAGGAUCUGAUUCUCGACCAAGGCAAAGCGUACCACCAGGGGUACAUUGCAGAGGGAUCCAGACACAUGACAGCAUUCGUCACACCCUGGGGGCUGUAUGAGUGGGUCCAGAUCCCCUUUGGGUUGUCCAAUGCGCCUGCUGCCUUCCAACGCAGCAUGGAAGAAAUGCUUGACUCGCUCAGGGAUGAGUGCUGCAUCCCGUAUCUAGAUGACAUCUUAUGUUAUGCAAAGUCCUUUGAGGAGCAUGUGGAGAGUAUUCAUAGAGUGUUGAGGGCCCUCCAGUACCAUGGUGUGAAGCUGAAACCUGGAAAGUGUGAAAUCUUCCGGAGUGAGGCGGUGUGCGAGAAGUUCCAGGACUACCUGUUCUACGCCCCACACUUCACGGUGUACACCGACAACAACCCCCUGACAUACGUGAUGAGUACAGCAAAACUCAACGCAGUAGGCCAUCGUAUACACAUCAGAGUGCACGGAAGGGUUACCCACAGGGGCAAUACAAGCAGCAUGGGAGGGCAGUCAUGUGUCAAAAAUGAAGGAUGUGGCCUGGGUCACUGCCCUGUAUAUGUCUACGGGGAGGAUGAGCCACGUCAACCCCCCACCUGGUUGCCGACAUUAGAACCGGAUGAACUGAUUCAAGCCCAGAAAGAAGAUUCUGUUAUCUCUCAAGUGAGACAAUGGAAGGAGGAUGGUGUCACCCUCACAGACGAGAUGAGAGGAGUUUUGACAGGAACCAACCAAAAGCUGAUGUAUGAGUGGAAUAAGCUACAUCUUGAGGGGGGACUCCUAUAUCGAAGAACGAGGGGGAGAAAACAGCUUGUCUUACCGAGCAAGUAUAAAAAGCUGGCACUUGAACACCUCCAUGACAAGGUGGGACACGUGGGUACAGAGCGAGUACUGAGCCUGGUGAGGGAACGGUUCUACUGGUCAUACAUGAAAGCUGAAGUGGAAGAAUAUGUUACCAGGAAGUGCCCAUGCAUAAAACAAAAGAAACCGACUGUACAUGUUCGAGCGCCCAUGGGUAGCAUCACAACACACUUACCUAUGGAGCUGGUCUAUAUUGACUACCUGCACCUGGAGCCGAGUCGUGGGGGGUAUGAAUAUAUCCUGGUCGUAAUGGACCAUUUCACAAGGUUCGCCCAAGCCUACCCAACCAAGAACAAGUCAGGGCGGACUGCAGCUGAAUGCUUGUUCCGAGAUUACAUUCCAUGCUUUGGAUAUCCGGCCAAGUUACAUCACGACCAGGGCCGUGAGUUUGAGAAUGAGCUUUUUCGCACUCUGCAACAGUUCGCUGGAAUCGGCCACUCUCGAACGUCGCCAUACCAUCCCCAAGGAAACCCAGUCGAGAGGUUCAAUCGGACCCUACUACAGAUGUUGAGGACACUGGCAGACAAAGAAAAAGAAAGGUGGAAAGAGCACUUACCUCAUAUCGUGCAUGCAUACAACUGCACCCGGCACGAGUCCACUGGAUACUCUCCCUUUUACCUGUUGUACGGACGGCAUCCUCACCUUCCAGUAUACCUGAUCUUCGGCCUGGUGGAGCCAAUGGACGGAGUCACUCCAAAGGGAUAUGCCAACCAGUGGGCGGCAUGGAUGGCUGAGGCAUACAAGAUUGCUGAAGGAAACAGUCGCCAAGCAAAUGUGAGAGGGAAGGCUCAAUAUGACCGAAAGGCGAGAGGAGUGGUACUGAAAGUGGGAGACCGAGUGCUUGUCAGAAACCUUGGAGAACGAGGAGGUCCAGGGAAGUUACGAUCCUACUGGGAAAAGGUGGUCUACGUGGUGAAGGGGCAGGUGUCUGAUAACCCAGUUUAUGUAGUCUCCCCUGAAAAUGGUGACAGUAAGAAGACUAGAACACUACUACUACUGGUGAAUGACUUACCUGUGGAGGCUCCUGCGACGGCAUCCCCAUCGACAAAACCUGAAAGACAGAAAAAGACAAGAGGUCGCUCACCCAACAGAGAAAACACCAGAGACAGUGACGUGACAGACUAA